AUGGCCGACGUCAUGGUUCCUCGCCGCUCUCACGAGAUCAUGGAAGGUCUUACCGCUGAGGAUUUUGAGACGGCCUCCAUCCGCUCAGCAGCGCCUUCAUACUCUUCGGAGGCGCCCACAUUGCACUAUACCGUCCCCAACUCCGGAUACAGCAGCUUGUUGCCCCCCUACACGGCCCCGCCCGUGGGCUCUGCCGAGCGUGUCGCCGCUCCGCCUCGGCAUCGUUCGGUCCCCGCCCUGCAGUCCCACUCAGCAAACACUGUUGCCGCUCGACGAGGUGGCUCCGCAUCCGCCGCAUCGGCAACCGACGCCGGGACCGUGUUUGCGCUUCCGGCGCGCAUGGACAACGUGCGCCGUGACGAUAUCCCAGACUUGUCCCGCUUCCGCGUGCCUUCAUGGUCAACUAUUUCGACCAGCCCAAACGCCCGUCUCUACCACUCCGUUGCACUGCGUCGGGUUGCUGCCGCCGAGCACGCCUCCGCCGCGGCUGAGAUUGGAGGUUUGAUGCGCCGCCUAGCCGUUCUUGAACGCAUGGAGCAAGAAGAGGCUGCCGCCAGUCGGCGCAUGGCUGCUGCUGCUGCCCACCGAAAUGCCUCCGCUGGCAACGGCAACGCUGGUGGCAGUGCCUCUAACAACCGCAGCGGCAACGGCGGCGGCAACAACGCCAUUGGACGCCUCAGCACGAGCAACGGCUCGUUCCGCCCUCUAGAGGAUCCGUACCUUGUCGGCGAGACGGCCGCGCGUCGCGCCCGUGCCGAACGCAUGGCUCGCGAGAACAACACGCAUGGCGAAGAAGCACUUCACCGUGAAGACCGUCGCUGGGAUUGGUUCCUUGGACAAAUAAAGAACCGUCAUGGGUCCGGUCGGCUGCGCCGUCGUUUCGACGCCAGUGGACUCUCGCCGGCUUCUCUGCGGCACCACCACUCCCGGCGCGUGCAGUAG